AUGGGGAUAUGGGGUGGGCUGCUCUACCCCUAUGGGCCAGCGGCUGGAGAUGAAGCCACCCCCCAUGAAGACGAUGGGAUGAGCCCCGAGAUCUUCCUAUGGGAGACCUUCUCCUUCUAUGGACAACCCCACCGCUCGCUCUAUGUGAACAACAACGGGGUGGUGUCCUUCGGGAUGGGGGUCCCCGAGUUCACCCCCCAGCCCUUCCCGUUGUCCGGCCGCCGCCCCUUCGUGGCUCCGUACUGGGCUGACGUGGACACGCGGCUCGGGGGAGAGGUCUUCUACCGGCAAAGCCAGGACCCGCAGCUCCUGGCCCGCUUGACUCAGGACUUGGCCGUGGCCGUGGCCGACCCGGAGCCGGCUCCUCGGCCAACGUGGGCCUUUGUGGCCACGUGGGACCGGGUCUCCUUCUUUGGGGCCGCCUCGGAGAAGGUGAACACCUUCCAAGCCGUGUUGGCCACCGAUGGUGCCACCUCCUUUGUCAUGCUCAACUAUGGCGACAUCCAAUGGACCACGGGCAUCUCCAACCAGGGGGACCCCCACACCGGCAUGGGGGGCAUCCCUGCCCAGGCCGGGUUCAACAGCGGGGACGACGUGCAUUACUACAACAUCCCGGGCUCCCGCUCGCCCGCGGUGCUGAGCAUCGGCCACCGCAGCAACGUCGGCAUUCCCGGGCGCUGGAUCUUCCGCGUGGAUGAGUUCACGGCCACCGAGGGACCCCCCGGCCCCACCGAGGGACCCCCCGGCCCCACAGAGAGACCCCCCGGCCCCACCGAGGGACCCCCCGGCCCCACAGAGAGACCCCCCGGCCCCACUGAGGGACCCCUUGGCCCCACUGAGGGACCCCUUGGCCCCACUGAGAGACCCCCCGGCCCCACUGAAGGACCCCCCGGCCCCACUGAAGGACCCCUUGGCCCCACUGAGAGACCCCCCAGCCCCACUGAGAGACCCCCCAGCCCCACUGAGGGACACCCCAGCCCCACCGAGGGACCCCCCAGCCCCACCGAGGGACCCCCCAGCCCCACAGAGAGACCCCUCAGCCCCACCGAGAGACCCCCCAGCCCCACCGAGCCCCACAGCACGCAGGAGACCACAGUGGAGAGGGUCUAUGUGUGCUGGUAG